AUGCCCAAGUCUUUUGCUCUCCUCUCUCUGGUCAGUUCAUUUGCUGCAAAAAACCCCCGCAGCCUCAAUUUAAGAUGUUACCGUAUCUGCGUAAAAGCCCCAUCCAACGCUGAGAUGGUUGUUCCUCUUGUCUUCGCCCGAACGUGUGCACACUGCGGAGACGAUCAUGACCAUGAAAAACAACAGAUUCCAAUUGAGCAGAGGGAGGAGCUUCUGAAAAGGUGGGAUCAAGAGCUAAAUAAGUUGAUAUUCCCACAACCAUCCUCGGCGCCCCCUUCGAUACCGCAGUUUCCUACCGCCCAGGGGGGGCCCGCCCGUUUCGGGCCCCGCGCAAUCAGGGCUGCAAGUGCCCGUCAGAUCCCCGCAAACAGCUACAACAUCCGUGCCGGCAUAAACCAAUAUCUAAACUGGGCCCGCAUCCUCAACUGUGGCAAUAUCCCCGCCAACACUUUUGACAAUGCCCUCGCAAAGCGGCAGAUGCACGAAGCCUUCCUGGAACUCGCGACGCGUGACGUUCCAAACCCCAUCCGUGGUAUUUCGCGAGGGAAACACGACCUCAUCACGCUUGGUGGUGACCGCAGCAUCACCCUCCCAGCGCGCUGCGUGCCUCGUCCAAAAUCUACGGAAAACUCAUCACAGUUCUUCACUUCGAUGCAACACCUCGACACCGGGAACCCAAUAUGGAACUCCGCGUUCUGGACCUCGGACCAUUCUCGGUUCAACCACGGCAGCUUCUUCCACACCGCCAGUCGCGAGGGGUUGAUUUCCAACACCAGUGCUGCACAUGCUAGUCUCCGCACGCGCCUGACCGGUCUGGAUGAUGGUGGUUAUUCAAAUCCGGGACCCGAGCAGGGAUUCCUGCGCAUCCAUGCUGAUGAUAGCGAUGAUAGCGGCGCCCAUGGCGUAAUCGACACGAUCAUAUCGCGCAUAGGACUUUCUCCGGACGAACCUGUCUACUCGGAGAUUCUGUGCGGGAUUGAGAAGUUGAAUCUUGUUGGUGCUGAUAUUGUGGGAGUCUCGCUUAGCUAUGAUAAUGUUGCGGAGGGGACUGCGCUUGCGGUUACGCAGGUUGCGUUUGAGAUUAUGUCAAGAAUGGUUAAGUUGGGGGCUAAGGAGGAUGUGGGGUAG